UUCUGGGCUUCCGGGAAAAGAAGGCGGAGCUCGAAGACCGAGAGGCAAAGGGGGAAGAUGGCCACCCUUGUGUUGGAUAACGGCGCUUAUAAUGCCAAGAUCGGGUACAGCCAUGCUCAUGUCAGUGUCAUUCCUAACUGUCAAUUUAGAUCAAAAACAGCUCGUCUGAAAACAUUUACAGCUAAUCAACUGGAUGAAAUUAAAGAUCCAUCUGGGCUUUUUUAUAUUCUUCCUUUUCAGAAGGGAUAUUUGGUGAACUGGGAUGUUCAGAGACAGGUAUGGGACUACCUUUUCGGAAAAGAAAUGUAUCAGGUAGACUUUGUAGAUACCAAUGUUAUCAUCACAGAGCCUUAUUUCAACUUCAGUUCAAUACAAGAAUCCAUGAACGAAAUAUUAUUUGAAGAAUACCAGUUCCAAGCAGUUCUUAGAGUAAACGCUGGAGCUCUCAGUGCUCAUAGAUACUUCAGGGAUAACCCAUCAGAACUGUGUUGUAUCAUUGUGGACAGCGGCUACUCAUUUACACACAUUGUGCCUUAUUGUAGAAGUAAAAAGAAGAAGGAGGGCAUUAUAAGGAUUAAUGUUGGAGGAAAACUCUUAGCCAAUCAUCUAAAAGAGAUCAUCUCUUAUAGGCAACUCCACGUUAUGGAUGAAACCCAUGUAAUUAAUCAAGUAAAAGAAGAUGUAUGUUAUGUUUCACAAGACUUUUUCAAGGAUAUGGAGACUGCCAAAUUGAAGGGGGAAGAAAAUACAGCCAUGCUGGAUUAUGUAUUGCCAGACUUCAGCACAAUCAAAAAAGGCUUUUGUAAGCCAAGGGAAGAAAUGGUGUUAAGUGGAAAAUAUAACACUGGUGAACAAAUACUUCGUCUUACAAAUGAGAGAUUUGCCGUUCCGGAGAUACUCUUCCAUCCUUCAGACAUUGGCAUUCAAGAAAUGGGGAUUCCUGAGGCCAUUGUUUAUUCAAUUCAGAACUUGCCUGAAGAAAUGCAACCUCACUUCUUCAAGAAUAUCGUUUUGACUGGAGGAAAUACUCUUUUCCCUGGCUUCAGGGAUCGUGUUUACUCUGAGGUUCGAUGUCUCACUCCAACUGACUAUGAUGUUUCUGUUGUUCUUCCAGAGAAUCCUAUUACUUAUUCCUGGGAAGGUGGAAAGCUGAUUUCAGAAAAUGAUGAUUUUGAAGAUAUGGUGGUAACAAGAGAAGACUAUGAAGAAAAUGGGCAUAGUAUAUGUGAAGAGAAAUUUGAUAUUUAAGUGUUUUGUUUGGAUACUGACAUUAUAUU